AUGUGUGGUUGGAGUAACAAAUCAUUUGAUUUGUUGCUCGACUUACUUUCAAAAGCAUUUCCCAAAGACAAUAAAAUUCCACGAUCUUAUUAUGACGCUAAGAAAAUGUUGCGUGAUCUUGGUUUAGGGUACGAAACUAUUCAUGUAUGUGAGUAUGAUUGUGCUUUAUUUUGGAAAGAGAAUAAAAAAGCUGAAAGAUGUCCUAUAUGUGGUCAUGAACGAUACAAAUUCCAAGGAACUAAAGGCAAGAAGAUCCCACACAAAAAGAUGCAAUAUUUUCCUAUAACUCCACGACUACAGAGACUUUUUAUGUCACACCAUACAUCAUCUGAUAUGAGGUGGCAUAAGGAAGAACGUGUUGAUACAGAAGGUGUACUUAGACACCCGGCAGAUGCAGAGGCUUGGAAGGAUUUUGAUAGACAAUAUCCAGAUUUUGCAAAAGAAUCUAGAAAUGUAAGGCUUGGAUUUGCAACAGAUGGGUUCAAUCCAUUCGGUGAUUUAUUAAACUCGUACAGUAUGUGGCCAGUGUUACUAAUGCCAUAUAACAUGCCGCCAUGGAGAUGCAUGAAACGAGAAUUCUUAAUGAUGGCAUUAUUGAUUCCGGGACGUCGUGCUCCAGGAAAAGACAUAGAUGUCUAUUUACAACCUCGGAUCGAUGAGCUGAAAGAACUAUGGGAAAAUGGUGUACCAAUAUUGUGGACGAUCGAUGAUUUUCCAGCAUAUGGUACUGUAUCUGGGUAUAGCACUCAAGGUUAUAAAGCUUGUCCUGUUUGUGAAGAUGACACAUCUUCAUUUCGAAUAAGAGGAAAAACAUGUUUCAUGGGUCAUCGCCGAUAUUUGUGUCUGAACCACCAAUGGCGCAAUGAUAUGGAGUAUGAUGGUACAAUCGAACGACGUUCACCUCCAAGAAUUUUAACAGGAGAUGAAAUCUUAGAUAAAUUAAAAGGUGUAUGGAAAUGUAGGGCAGGUAAAAAUGAUAAGAUCAUUAAGGACGAUAAGCAACAAAUGAAGGAUGCAUGUUAUGAAAAUAACAUGAACUGGAGGCGAAAAAGUAUUUUGUGGGAUUUAGAAUAUUGGCCUAAAUUAAAACUAAGACAUAAUUUGGAUGUGAUGCAUAUUGAGAAAAAUAUAUGUGAUAGUGUAGUUGGUACAAUAUUUAGUAUUGAUGGGAAGUCUAAAGAUACUGAAAAGGCAAGACUUGAUUUACAAGAUUUAAAUAUUCGUAAGCAGCUACACAUGAAAAAGAAGGGGAACAAAUGGUUCAAACCAGUAGCAUGCUAUACAUUAUCAGCGAAGGAACGACAAGAAUUUUGUACGUUCAUAAAGUCCGUAAAAUUUCCUGAUGGAUAUGCUGCAAAUAUUUCUCAGAAUGUUAACAUGAAAGAUGGAAAGUUAUUUGGGUUGAAAAGUCAUGAUUGUCAUAUUUUAUUACAGAGGUUGUUACCUAUUGGUUUAAGGCCAUAUUUGAAAAAGAAAGUAAUGGAUGCUAUUGCUGAGCUGUCGUUAUUCUUCAAAAAGCUAUGUGCGAGGAAAUUAUAUGUGAAAGACUUAGAGGAAUUGGAAAAGGGCGUUGUACUCACACUGUGUAAAUUAGAAAGUAUCUUUCCUCCUGCCUUCUUUGAUUUGAUGAUUCAUCUUAUGGUUCACUUGCCAUUAGAAGCUAAGUUAGGUGGUCCAAUAAAAAAAAUGAAUGAAACAAUAUUUGGUAAAUCACAGGAAGAUUUGUAUGCAAUUGCAAUGCAACCAAGUUUUUUGGCUUGUACAUAUGCUGGUUGUAUGGUUAAUGGAGUUCGAUACCAUACAAAAAGUCGAGAUGAAAGACUUUUAACUCAAAACUACGGUGUUCACGUUGAAGCAAAAUAUGAUGGAAAUAUAUAUGAACCAUUUGUUCUUGCCAAUCAAGUAAGUUUGGUUUUUUAUUUGGAUGACAUUAAAAAAAGUAAAGAUAAUAAAGAUUGGAAAGUGGUACAAAAAGUAAAUCAUCGUCACAUCUGGGAUAUACCAUCAAAGUCAAUGGAUGGUGAAGUUGGUGAUGAAGAUCCAACUAUCAACAAUAUAGAAUGUGAUAAUCAUCAAUUGUUCAAUGAACUUCAAAUAAAUCAUAAUGAUCAAGUUCAAAGUGAUAUAAACAGUGACGAUACCGAUGAAGAAGCUUUACUCGAUGAUUCUGAAGAUAUAACUUUGAGUGAUGAAAUUGAUUAA